GUGUGCGAAGGUCGGCUGCCUCAAGGUGUUGCUUCUUGUACUUGAAGUUGCUUAUAACCGGUUUACAUCAAACAGCCCACGGCGAUAACCCGCCUGGUGAAGUGAUAUUUACUUGUUUCAUCAUUUACGUCUUGCCUCUGCUCGUAGACUUUGUGAAGUGUGGAGCUGAAAGGUGUACACAGGCAUCCUAGAGUUAAAUAAAAAAGAAAAAAAAUAAUCCGACUAAUAAAGCGAAAUAUAGGAAUAGGAACAGGAGAGAAAAAUAAGAUAAGUGAAAUUCCUCUAAGGUGAGACGGUGAGAUAUAUCUGUCAAGUUGCAUCGUUCAUCGAUAGAAAGGUAGAGGGCUGUCUAAAGUAGUCAAGAGAACUGACUGUCUAAGGACAGUCAGUGAAGGCUGCAUCACCCAUCGACAGACGGCAAGAGGUGCGUCGUGCGUCUAGACACCGUGUGUGGGUCCGUGCUCACCUUCCUCACCCGUCUCUACAUUCCGUCUCGUCCCGUCCCACUGCAUACCACGCUGACAGCUGUUCUCCCCUACCACCACCAGCUGCUGCUCCUCCAGGACGGUAUACAGCUCGUCAAAUUGGAUAAUAAAGAAAUCUAUCAACUGACAGAUUUAAAAAAAAGAGCACAAUAGUCAGACAGACAGACAAACAUCUUAAGAAUUGUCUCAAGUUUCCCAGGAAGGAAACAUAACACACACCCUGCUGCGAGCUUUAGUGCGUUCCUCGAUUAUCUACACGACCCACGAACGCCUUGCAAGAUCGAUAUACACACGCCCUUGUAUGCCUGAAUCCCCCACGCCUCAUUAAACCUGCUACACGCCCUCCCUCCCUCCCGCCCCUACGUCUUAAAAGAAACCUCACACAUCCCACCUAAGGAAGCCCACCUAACACCAACUUCCCUCACACACACACGUCAUGGAGUCGUGGUCGCGGCGUAAGGCAGGCGUGGCGCGCGCCGUGGAAGGCGUGGUGAAGAGGAGGAAACACGUGGUCCUGGUGGGUCUGGACGGCUCAGGAAAGACCACGGUCCUGACCAGACUGAAGUAUCGCUGUUACGUGGCCACCACACCGACCAUUGGCUUCAACCACGAGAAGGUAUGGGGCGGAGGUUACCGGUGGUCGUGUUGGGACGUCGGAGGUGGUGAACGACUGCGUCCUCUGUGGUCCUCCUACACCCGCGCCACCGACGGCUUGGUCUUCGUCGUGGACUCGGCUUCCCUGGGCGACAUGAUGGAAGAGGCGAGGGUGGAGUUGGCUCGAGUCCUUAAGAAGUCACGGGCGUCCUCUGCACAACUGGGCGUCCCCACACCGCCUCUACUUGUUCUGGCCAACUUCCAGGACCAGAUCCACGCCCGUUCUGCCCAGGGUGUAGCCAUGAGCCUGGGCUUAGGCGAGGCGAUGGGCGUGGUGUGGGCGGUGGCUCCCGUGUGCGCCCUCACUGGGGAGGGACUCGACGACGCCAUGGCCACCCUCCGGAACCUCAUCGACAAGGUUCGACAGGACUACCGCAGGAGGGAUCGUUGGCGCUGAGUGGACCAGUAACAACCUGAGGUCUUCCCUACGCGUGGGAAGGGUCUUUCUAUCAGGUUACAGCAGGUCCUUGUAUCUGUAAGAUGUUCUCUAUAUAAACAAGCUGUGCCAGUAGAUAACACCCUCUGUAGGACAGUUUUACACCGGCUGUACGAGUGCUGUAAAUGACAUCUGUAGCAGAGUUGACAUGUACGAUAGUUAUAUAACCUGUACGAUAGUCUACGGCAGCUGUAUGAUAAUUCAUAUAUAAAGUAUGAGUGUUUUUACAAGCUGUAAAUACCGGUUAUACGAGAGUUUACGAAUUACACUAUAUUUAUAUCAGCUGUACGAUAGCUUGCACCAGCUGUACGAGUGAUUACGAUAUUUACGACAAAAUGCGAUGCCGAAGUUCCAUGGAAGAUUAUGGCAACUGUACGAGUGUUUACGAAGUUUAUACGAUAGCAAAGAAGUCGUAUAAGCUACCGAACGAGAACGUAUUGUAGAAACAGCAUCAGCUGUUUCAAACGAUAACUUGUGAACCAAAGACAAUUACAUGUGUGUGAACGAAUGACUAAGUGUUGAACGAGAGCAAGAAGUAAUCUGUUUACGAAACCUCUUUAUCUUCUCGAGGACACUUCUGCAUCAUCAAGCAGCUGGUUGACAGCAGUAGGACACCACCUGGGAACAGAAAGGAUGCCAGAUGGCCUCAUGAGAGUCGGUGGUCUUCAUACAGCUGGCAUUACAGUUAAGAGACACGCGACUACCACAGACCCUUCCCAUCUUGUCUUCAUUGGCUAUAUAGGGUGUCUAAAGAUAACAAGUGGGUCUACAAAUGUCUUGACAUUAUUUUGUUUUGUGCAAUUACUUGGAGUUGUUAAUAUUAGAAGCUUUGGAUAUGAUUCACCAACAUUGUUCCCGUAAAGCACACAGAAUAUGCAUCUGUCUUCUUUAAAAUAUCAUGAGCUUUAAUAUGGGUCAGACCAUUUUGUUUUUAGACACCCUGUAUGAGGGACAAGGUUACACAGUAUCAACAUGGCGAUCACCUGUUGAAGUGCCACAAGAUUUUUAAUGUCCUUAUGCAACACUAGCGUACACUGUAGUCACACACACACACACACACACACACACGGGAAGUACACGCCCCGAUCAUGCGAGUCAGCUGUGAUAGUGUUCCUCCCUUCACAAUUCCUGGUGAGUGUGAUUUAACCUUAAGAUGACACUGUAGAGACAAACUUGAGAUAUAGCUUUAAGGUAAUCCAAGAUGGUACAUUAAACAGUAGGAAUAGUCCAGUGGAAAUAUCUAGUAGGAAUAUCCAAGCAACCCUAAACAAAAUAUAAUGCUUGAUUCUCUCUAUAAGCUUAUUUCCCCACACUGGUCAAUAUUCAGCGGCACUAAUAUAAGGGAUCCCCACUGAUGUGAAAAUGUAUCUAUUGUUUACUUGUGAUUUGUGAAAUAUUUAGAGCCAAAAAUAAGAGAAAUUUACAAUGGGCAUGAAGAUUAAUCUACCAUUACAUAAUAGAUUGAUAUAAAUGUGUCUGAAGUUAAAUUGUAUAUACAUAUAAACGCCUCUAGUAAGAGCACAAUUAGUGCAUGUUGUGGAGUUUAUAAUAAAUAGAUUAACAUAGGUGUCAUUAUAUACAAGGGAUAACGAGCCAUCCAUGUGUGUCCAUUUAAUGUUCUUAUCAUAAAAUAGCGUCACAGCAGGCAGGUGAUGGUCAAACGUUCGCCUGGCGUAACUUACAUAACGCCAGACUCUGAUGACUGCUGUUGCUGGCGUUGUUAUUGUGGCACGGGAGAGCGGACGUUACCAUGAAAUCUCAAGGAUCUUUUGUUUAUUAUUAAUAUUUUUUAUUAUUCCUGUUUAAAUUAUUGCCACCUCUGUCUUAUAAUAUUAAGUGAUAACUACAUGUUUUUAAAUUAUUUAUAUUACCUCGUCUCUGCUCUGAGGAUUAUAACUUUACUGCAAGUAAACGUUUUAAUAUUCAGGUCUUCGACUCUUCUGUAUACCAGGGACUCGCUCAUAUCUCACACCUGGAUCUGUCCUUAACUUAAAAUAACCUGUCCCUAACCCACCUCAACCCACCCUUAGAUACCCCUAAUACACCCCAAACCUAAAACAACCCACGCCUUAACUUCACCCAAACCCACUCUUACCCAUUCCUACCCAUCAUUAACUUAAUCACACCCUCCGCUUCAGUGACGUACUGUAGCAUGGGUCUUGGUCCAGAGGAGAUAUAUAGUGGCCCUGUAAUUAUUAUUUUCUCACAUUUGUAUGAGUUUGUAAGUCACGGAAUAAACAGUAUUAUAGA